AUGGAUUCAGAAAAAAGUUUCUUUGAAGAUUUUCCAGUUGAUGAAAUGCCUUUUAUUUGGGAAAAAGUAAGUAAUCUAUUUUUUUCUGUUUCAACAAAAAAUGAAAUUUUUGUUUGGAGACAUGAAAUUUUUUGUUUUUUAACAGUGUUAAAAAUGCACUGUUAAUUUUUUUCUGUAAAAAGUUUUUUAUCAAAAUCCUUUCCCGCCCAAAUCAAAAUUUUGAUUCGGGCGUGAAUUCAAAAUUACACAAAAAUUGGAUUUUUGAUUUUCGUGUAAAGAAUUCAACGAAAAAUUAAAAUUUGGUUUGAAAGAUUUGGGAAGCUUAAUAAACUUAACAUAAGAAGCCUUUAGAAGCCUAAGCUCAUAAAACCCGCAAAUUUUUUAUAAAUUUUUUUCAGCUGGAAUAUAGCAGACACUUGCUCAGCACUCAGAAAAUCCUAUUUCCAAAAUCGAAAUUAUAUCCAAGAGCCAAAGUUAUGCGAUCAUAUAAGGGAUACCCUGUUCUGAAUAUAAUGCAAUUUUUGGUGCGCAACGGAACAUCGCAACUCGCUGAAUAUCCAAAUAUCUAUUGCGUGGAAAUGAAUCGAGUUUUUGACACAUUGCUAAGUAUGACACGGAAAAAGAAAUUGACACGAAUUUUGUUAGAAACAAACGUUAUAACAGAAACAUUCAGUUUUUUCUACUUAUGGGCGCCAGGUAUUCCAUGUGAUAUAAUUACCGGAGAAUUGACAUCAAGUCUUCAUUUAACAAAUGCGACAAGUUUAGAGCUUCGAGUGAAGAGAUUUACUUUCAAAGUUCAAAAUAUGCUCAGAUGUUCAACACUUGAACGAUUGAAGUUUAGCUUACAUUUUCGUUUUCUCGAGCAGCGUUAUAUUAUUCCAAAUGUAAGUUGAAAUCCUUUAUUUUCUCAAAAACCUCCCUAAUAAUUUCUAUUUCAGAAAAAUCCGGAAAGUUUGAAAAACCUAGAAAUCUCCGUAUAUUUUGAUGACAUCAUUACCAAACCAAAUUAUAUUCCAAAUGAGAAAAAGUGAGUUGAAGCCCAAGAAGCCUAAGAAGCUUCCUAAAGCCUUCUGAAGCCUAAACCUAAGCCCUAAAAGCCUAAUUUAAUUUCAGAAUCGAGUUGUGCCAAACAAAAAUGGGAUAUUUAUCGAAAUACUUUUCAUUUUCUCAAUCUGGAUAUUUUGUGAUUAUCAAAACUGAAGAUUUUCAAAAUCUCCGUCUUUCUUUGGACUGCAAUAUUUCCGAUACCUUUUUGAUGGAUCUUUGGUGUUGA